AAACCAUUAAAAUUUUAUUCUGGAUAUCCAUUGUAAAGAACACUGUACAAACACAACAAAAUCAUCAUGAUGUAUUGUUAAAGGUCUAGAAAGAUUCAGAAAAUAUGCAUGCUGCAUGGAAACAUUUCCAGGUCCAUUUGGCCUUCAACUGAACAAACAAUUAAAUCUCACUGACUUCACUGAGUUUUAUGCAUACCUGAUAAAAGAUGCCUUCUAUCUGCCACAUUUGCAUAUUGUCCAGUCAUCAUGUGAUUUGAUUUUGACUCUGUGUGUUCUGUAAAUUUGGCCAUUUGUGCUUUACAUAUUAAAUCACAAUUUAGAAAUAAGUGCUGGACAUUUUCACAUGACAUACUGCAUAAAAAAAAAUCUUAUAGCUUGUGCGUACUGCCAUAUCCUACAUCCAAUCGUUUUCUGUAUUUAAAAUUUUUAGGCUCACUAUAUUGUUUACAAACCAUUAUGGGAGAGAAAACACAAUCCAGUUGUAAGUCAAAAACAAACAAAUUACAUUACAGCCACAGAUUAGAAACUGUAUGCAUAACAACUGUGCUCUGGGCAGCGAUACUAGAAAAAUGAAUUUAACCUAAAGAAAAGAGAACUUAAACUAAAUGUCACUUGGAAUUUGAAGAGGACACAGCCUAAGAUAUUAAAUCCCUUCCAGAGAAGGUGGAAACUAUUAUGCAAACCCCACCUUAGAAGCUGGAUUUUCUGCAUUCUUAUCUUGCUACCUGUGCCUGUCUUGUGAAAUAUAUAGUGCUAAUUAUGCAGAUACUUUGGAACCUUUGUGCCUGCUGAUUAGAAUAGGAGCCGCUUGGCUCUGGUCUGCUGGAACUGACUGCAUUUCAGCAACUGAAAGCAGCAUUAACUAAGAAACCCUGCCUGAUUUAUCUCCCAAUUUUUUGGUGACUGAUGCCAGUCCUGUGGGACUGAGUACCACGUUAUUACAGAUUCUGGUAGAUCAAAGUUGCCUGUUGUGAAUGGCAACCAUUCACAUUCUUCUCUGGAAAAACCUGUGAAAUUAUGGGAAAUUCUAAAUUAAUUCUAAUCCAUUUGUGUUGCUCGAUGAUCACAAAUCACUCGUGUUCAUGCUUCAUUCAGCUAAAGGCACAUUUUGCCAUCUCACCUCCAACUGCCUCAGUUGGAGAAUGCAACCUUAUGAUCUUGUUAUUCAGCACAUUUCUGGAAAAAUGAAUGGAGCUGAUUCCUUAUCACAUUUUCUAUUAUUUAUCUUGGGAUCACUUACUGGUGAAGGGGUACUUUCAGCAUUGAUUUAUGUGUGAUGACUUUUGAGGCAUUAUUAUUAUUAUUAAAAGAAUACCUUGUUUCUCAGAAACCUUGUUUGAGGUUUUGAAAGAGAAUUAUGAAAGAGGCUUUCAUAAAUCUUUGAUUUAUGAGCAAAUCCAACAAGUGAGCCUGAAACAAAUCUUGCUCAGCUGUGGCCGCUGAAGCAUGUUGUUAUUGAACUUAAGUGAUUGCUUGUCAUGUUGUUCAAAGGACAAAAAACUUAGGUGAAGUAAUUAUUACUACGGGAGAGAAAGAGUCACAAUUCAUCUUGCUAGGUUAGCAAAAGUUGAAAGCUUCUGAAUAAAUACAAAUUCUUCAUCUGAAAGAGAAAUCAAAUGCUUGGGUAUAGGAUGGGAGUAAAUUAGAACAGGUUCCAAGAAGUUGGGGAGUUUUUGUGACUUUGCCCAUUUUGAUGCAAGGCAGAAGGCUUUUGCUUCUCUCUAUAACUUGGUGAGGCAAGACUGACCCUCAGGAGCAAUAUAACUCAAACCCCCCCCACUCCAGGGGGCUCUGGGUGCCUUAAAACGUCAUUACUAACAGCCUGUGAAUCUCUAGAUGUGAUCCUGGAUGUGACCGUUUGCCAUUCUCAUUCUGUUUCAACAGCAUUUGAAAGUCUGCCCUUUGGCCUAACUGAGAUGGCCCCAAAGAAAAAGCCCAAAGGGAAGAAGGGCAAAGGCAAGGAUGGGACUGUGAGUCCUUCAAGUGCUGCACCUUUUGUGAGUGAGAAGGAGCAGCGUUUGCAGAAGGAACUUGACACCCUCUCCGAACACAUCGUAACCUACUCUCAGCGGCUGCGGCACUUCCAGUCAGAUAACGAGUACUUAGACAAGGAAGCCCAGCAGGUCCGAGAGGCCAGCAAGGUCUACCUUUCUUACUUAACCCGGAGAACCCUCCGUUGUCAGAAUGCCAUCAUUUCCCUGAAUGACCAGAAUCGGUUUGACCUUUCUCAGAUCCAGAAGCAGAAAGCAGAGGUGGCUGCUCAGUAUGCAGAAAGAGAGAGGGAGGUGAGGCGCCAGCUCAUUGAGCUGGAAAACAAGCUCUUCCUCCUCAACAAGGAAGUGGCUGAACUGCAGCCCUGGCAGGAUCUGCAGCUUCGGCAUCUGACCCAGAUACGAGACCUGGAGAAGGAGCUGCUGAUCACCAAAAUACAGCACGCAGAGCAGAUGCACCGAGUCAAGAGCCGUUUCCUUCACCAGGCAGCCGAAUAUGAGAUGAACGCUGAGCAGAAGGUCCAAAUUCUGGCCAAGCUGGCAGAGGAGGCAGCGGUACGCAGUCUAAUCCAACACACCAAGCAAGUGAAAGCCGACAACUGGAGUCUGCAGAAUGAGCUGCUGAGCCUCAUUAAGCAAGCCCAAAUGCUCAAGGCUUUUCUGAGUCACUUGCGGGAGCAGCAGCAGCGACUUUUUCAAGAACACCAGUGCAGGCAAGACCUCGCACGCAGGCGCUCCUGGCUGCAGCAGCAUGGUGGCUCUCGCCAGGUUGUCACUGCCGGCUCCAGUUUUCGUUGCACCCCACCAGCCAAGGGCAAGCUUGCCUCCUCUUCCACUCCAGGAGCCCUCCCAAGCAGCUACAAGCCAGAAAGGAUGGCCGCACCUCCCUUUCCCACACUCAGUGCCUAAAGGCCCACCGCUGAGGGGGGGGGGUGUUUCCCUCUCCUGGCCCCUGAAGCCAGCCACAGCUGCCCACGGGUGGGAUGGCCUUUCACUUCCGUUUCUUUCCCAGAUGAGGAUCCAGGCAGCUCUCUUCCUGGAAAGCAGCACCUGAGAUGCUUAUGCUAGUGAGGCUGAGCUGACACCCACAGGCGGGGCCACUCUUACCUUCGGGGGUGUUGGCAACAUAGUAUUUUAUAGCUGUUUAUUCUAAAUGUACUGGGGUUAUAUUGAUCCUUGGUUUUAUUGCACGUUUCCCUGACAAAUUGUAUAGUGAGAGAGAUCACAGAAACCAAUGUUAAAAUAAAUGUUAUUUUUAAAACUUCCAUCAUUUGGGGCUACACUUUGGAGAAAGGUUUAGGAAAUGCUACAGAUAAAUAUGUGAUGGCACAGACCCAUUGUGCAAGUUUUAAUAUGCAGAUUAGAUGCCAGACCCACUGACAGAUCCUGCUUCUCCAAAACAAAUUGCUUCUUUUCUGCAUU